CGGUCUGAUUGGCUGGGCCUCGGAGGGGUCGCCAGGGCCGGGGCGGGAGGAGGCUGGAGGACCGUGUCUCCCGGCCAGAGUGGGCCGAGCAGGGCUCGAGCGCUACCGGCACGGGGGCAGCAUCCGAGCCGCGGGCACCGACGCCAUGCGCUGGGUUCGGACGCUGCUGAAGAAUGCGUCCCUGGCAGGGGCGCCCAAGUACAUCGAGCACUUCAGCAAGUUCUCCCCUUCUCCCCUGUCUAUGAAGCAGUUUCUGGACUUUGGGUCCAGCAAUGCCUGUGAGAAGACUUCCUUCACCUUCCUCCGGCAGGAGCUGCCUGUGCGCCUGGCCAACAUCAUGAAAGAGAUCAACCUGCUUCCGGACCGAGUGCUCAGCACACCCUCGGUGCAGCUGGUACAGAGCUGGUAUGUGCAGAGCCUGCUGGACAUCAUGCAGUUCCUGGACAAGGACCCUGAGGACCACCGCACCCUGAGUCAGUUCACGGAGGCCCUGGUCACCAUCCGGAACCGGCACAACGACGUGGUGCCCACCAUGGCCCAGGGUGUGCUGGAGUACAAGGGCAGCUAUGGAGACGACCCUGUCUCUGACCAGAACAUCCAGUACUUCCUGGACCGCUUCUACCUCAGCCGCAUCUCCAUCCGAAUGCUCAUCAACCAGCACACUCUCAUUUUUGAAGGCAGCACCAACCCGGCCCACCCCAAGCAUAUCGGCAGCAUCGACCCCCACUGCAACGUGUCUGAGGUGGUGAAAGAUGCCUAUGAUAUGGCCAAGCUCCUGUGCGACAAGUAUUACAUGGCCUCGCCUGACCUGGAGAUCCAGGAGGUCAACGCCACGAACACCACACAGCCCAUUCACAUGGUCUACGUCCCCUCCCACCUGUACCACAUGCUGUUCGAGCUCUUCAAGAAUGCCAUGCGAGCCACCGUGGAGAACCACGAGUCCAGCCUGGUUCUCCCCCCUGUCAAGGUCAUGGUGGCCUUGGGUGAGGAGGAUCUAUCCAUCAAGAUGAGUGACCGAGGUGGGGGCGUCCCUUUGAGGAAGAUCGAGCGCCUCUUCAGCUACAUGUACUCCACGGCCCCCACCCCGCAGCCCGGCACUGGGGGCACCCCGCUGGCUGGCUUCGGUUACGGGCUUCCCAUUUCCCGCCUCUACGCCAAGUACUUCCAGGGGGACCUGCAGCUCUUCUCCAUGGAGGGCUUCGGGACGGACGCCGUCAUCUAUCUCAAGGCCCUGUCCACAGAUUCGGUUGAGCGCCUGCCUGUCUACAACAAGUCCGCCUGGCGCCACUACCAGACCAUCCAGGAGGCAGGCGACUGGUGCGUGCCCAGCACGGAGCCCAAGAACACGUCCACGUACCGGGUCAGCUAGGGGCCACCCAUGCCGGUGCACAAGAGGAUGGACUGCUGUCUCUGGGUCUGGCCACCACGGGGACCCGCCCAGCCCUGCCUG